GGGUUGAUCACUUCUUCCUUUUCCCUCCUCCUCCUCUGCCUCGCCCUCCUCGUUCCCUUGUUCCUCAGGAAGACUGUCAAGGUGGCAGCCGGGAGCACCCUCCUCGGGCGGCAUAACGUCACCCGCUGGGUGCGGAAGAUCCAUGUGCACCCGCUGUACAACACAAAGACCUACGACAACGACAUUGCCCUCCUGCUGCUGGAGGAGCCCAUCCCCUACAGCUGGUACCACAGCGCACUCUGCCUCCCUGACCGCACCAUCGUCCCCGACGACAACCUCUGGCAGAGCUGCUUUGUUGCAGGGUGGGGGCUGACGCAUCCCGACAUAAAGCAGGGCUCCUAUGAGCUGCUGGAUGUGGAGGUGGGCAUGGUGGACUGGACGCUGUGCCUGCGCUGGCUCCACUCCAUCACCAGGAACAUGGUCUGCGCCGGGUACGAGGAGGGCGGACGCGACGCCUGCCAGGGAGACAGUGGGGGUCCCCUCAUGUGCCGGCCCCCCAGCAGCAGCCCCCAGAAGCGCUGGUACCAAGUGGGCAUCGUCAGCUGGGGCCGCAGCUGUGCCGCCACCAAGAGCCCCGGCGUCUACACCCGCGUCUCCAACUACCACUCCUGGAUGGAGCAGACAGCCGCCCACGACGGACACCCCUUCCGGGUGCCCCAGACCCCCCACGCCCCCGUCCACGGGGCCAUGGGGCAGACAGAGGUGGCCGAGGGGGACAUGUGGGCCGACGUGGGCACUGGGGGUGGACGGAGGGCGGCCCUCUCGCUCCUGCUUUGGGGCCUGGUGGGGGGCCUGGCGCUGGCCCUGGUGUGGCCCUAGCCUUGAGGAGACAGGCCCAGGCCCUCCCAGUCCCAUGCCAUGGCUGUGCCACAAAGGACUCUGGGAAAGCAUGGUGGUGGUCUGUCUCUGGACAUGGUGGGGGGGGGGUCUUGGAGGGUAAAUAAAUAUUCUUGGAUAGUUAUGGCUGACCCUUCUUGUGGGCUGGGAAAGGAAGGGAGUGAGUCUGGAGGAAGUCUGAGGAAUAAAAAUGGGUGGCAAGGAGGGACAAAGAAGAAGGAGGAAGGGAUCUAAGCAGGGAAGGACAUGGCAGCGCCAGGACUAUCCUUGUCUCACGUUGUGGGGGCUGCCAUGUCAGGGUCUUAGUGACCCCCAAAGGAUCCCCCACAGACAGAGAUCCCUUGCUCUAGGACAGCCUCCCUCCCCAGUUCCAGAUGGAAAGGGAGGCAUCUGCUUCCUGGCUGGCAGAACUCUUCCAGUGCUCAGAGGCAAUUAGCUCCAAGGGAUUGCAUGGGGGCUUGUGGGCUUCCAUGUCCUGGGAGCAGUGUACCCACAAACAGUGACGUCCAAAGCCUUGCCCUCCAAACAGACCCAGGAGUUUGGGUCCCACCAGGUCAAAGGUCAACCUAAGACCCAGAGCACAUUUACUGCACCUUCAAACUUGGGAACUACCAGCUGCUGCUGCCGCCAAAGUUGGGGUCUCGAAACAGAGGAGCAUUAGCAUUGAAGCUAGCAAAAAUGGUAGUCUUUUCAUCCUUAAAAUGGUAAGAGAACUUUUAUAAAAGUGAUUUGUGAAUUGAGCCAUUUGUUGAUAUGCUAAAUGAUUAAAUUAGUAUGUAUCCUUUGCAAAUUUGCAAAUGAAAUCAAUUAGACAUUGGAAAAUGUUGCUCAUUUAUUUUGCAUUUAUUAGUAGUACAGUAGUAGUAAUACUAGCCGUAGUAUCCUAU